AUGGCUGGUGUAGGUGUGCAAGAAGGUGGGGCGGUGCCGGUGGAUGGCUACACAAAGGACGGAAGCGUGGAUCUGAAAGGCAAUCCCGUGCGGCGCUCACACACAGGCCGUUGGACCGCCUGCUUCUUCAUCGUCGUGUACGAAGUGUUCGAGCGGGCCGCCUUCUACAGCAUAUCCACCAAUCUGGUCAUGUAUUUGACGCACGAGCUGCAUCAACCAGACCUCGCCUCAGCCAACAAUCUCGCCAAAUGGAUGGGAACCGUCUGGAUAACGCCCAUCUUCGGGGCUUAUGUCGCGGAUGCUCAUCUCGGCCGCUACCGCACCUUUGUCGUUGCAUCUGCCCUCUGUCUUAYGGGGAUGUCUCUUCUAACGGCUGCGGUCUCCGUGCCAAGCCUGAAACCGCCGCGAUGUCCAGAAGGCAAUGUUAAGGCAGAAAACUGUGCACAGGUGUCCAAGUUACAAUUGGCAGUGUUCUUCAGCGCUCUCUACACGGUGGCUGUGGGGAUCGGCGGGAUCAAGCCCAACAUCUCCACCAUGGGAGCGGACCAGUUCGACGAGUUCGAUCCGGAGGAGAAGGCUCAGAAGCUGUCCUUCUUCAACUGGUGGAUGUUCGGCAUCUUCUUCGGCAGUCUCUUCGCGGCGACGGCUGUGGUUUACAUUCAGGAGACUGUGUUGUGGAGCUUGGGAUAUGGGAUUCCCACUAUUGGCCUUGGAAUAGCCUCUCUAAUAUUUGGCGCUGGCACUCCCUUUUACAGGCACAAGCUCCCCACUGGAAGCCCCUUCAUGAAGAUGGCUAAGGUCGUUGUCGCUGCGGCUUCCAAUUGGAGGCUUCCUCUUCCCAACCACCCAAAACAUCUCCAUGAGAUUCACUCUCAACACUACACUAACCAAGGAACUUCCAACAUUCAUUCCACUCCAUCCUUGAGGUUCCUGAACAAGGCUGCUAUAAAAACAGGUUCAAGUACUGAUUCGUGGAAGCUAUGCUCAGUGACCCAAGUGGAGGAGACAAAACAAAUGCUGAGAAUGAUCCCAAUUCUAAUAUGCACAUUCAUUCCAAGCACAAUGUUGCCACAGACACUGACCCUUUUCAAGCAGCAAGGCACCACUCUCAACAGAAGCGUAGGCAGCCACUUCCAAAUCCCUCCCGCUAGUUUAUCUGCUUUUGUCACCAUCUCCGUGCUCCUCAGUCUUGUCAUUUACGACAGGUAUUUUGUGAAGAUAAUGCAGAGACGGACCAACAAUCCAAGGGGAAUCACACUGCUACAAAGAAUGGGAAUUGGAAUGAUUCUCCAUGUCGUUGUAAUGGCGGUUGCGUCAUCGGUCGAAAUUCACAGACAUGGUGUUGCUAGAGAAAACAGAGGACAACUCCCCCUCCCCCUCCCCCUAACCAUUUUCAUUCUCCUCCCUCAGUUCGUGCUGAUGGGAAUUGGUGAUGCAUUUUUGGAAGUAGCAAAAAUUGAAUUCUUUUAUGAUCAGGCACCGGAGAGCAUGAAGAGUUUGGGGACUUCCUACUCCAUGACUUCGCUCGGGAUUGGAAACUUCCUCAGUGGUUUUCUUCUUUCAAAAGUUUCUCAAAUUACCAACAAACAUGGAGGCCAAAGAUGGAUUUUUGACAACCUGGAUGAUGCUUUUCGUCUUGACUACUACUAUGCGUUUUUGGCACUGCUCUGUGGCCUCAAUUUCUGCAUCUUCUUGGUCGUCUCCAAAAUUUAUGUGUACAAAGCUGAAGUCUCUGAUUCAAUGAAACUGCUGACUGAUGAACUCAAGCAAAAGCAAUCCAACAGGGACAGAGCUAAGCAAGGGAGGGGGCAAUUGCCCCACGGUCAUAUGUUUGAAUCUGGUCAGAUUACUCAAAAUUUGAGAUGGUAAAAAGAUUAUUCUGUAUACAAGAUAACUUAAAAGUUAAUUGAUUACAGUAAUAUUGUCAAUAUUAAUUAGGUACUGAAUCAGGGRGAGGAGUCUUGGAACAAUAUAAAAAUCAACUAGUUAAGAUAUAUAUUUGGAUGCGAUGAAUUCAAUUAAGAUCUAUA